CCGUCUUCCGUCAUAUCCGAGAAUGUCGCUACAUUUAAUGGCGACGGUCUUCACUUCCUUCAUUAUACGUCCUUCUUCACAAGCGCUGAUGGAUAUCGAUAACAUGUCAUUUUGGGGAUCGCACUCAACUUCCUUGUCACUCUAUCAUUUCCUUUGGCAGAAACAGGACCAGUCUGUCAUAAAGCAAGGGGUGAAAUGUCAUGCUCCAGAUAUGGAGGGCUCCGACAGGGUGCACCUACUCACCUUCGACGCCAUUGAUCUAUCUGGAUGUCCUGGUGCCAAGUUACCAAACGGAGCAACUUCCAUGGUCAUCCGUUCAGAGUAUGAAUUACUCUUUGAACACAUCUCCGCAAUCGAGCGCAAUUUCAUAGUGCAUGGAUCGGCAGGUAUUGGAAAGACACAUUUUUUAGCAUAUGUCCUCGUCAAGCGACUUCUCGCUCGUCAACCGGUGACGUAUCAAAUUGACCAACUACACUCAUCCGUCAUGUGCUUCACCGCGGACGGGUUCUUCACCCUCCCGCAGGAGAACAGCGAGUACCACCCCCUGUUCCAACGCGAAGAUGUGUGGCACCUCGUCGACAACACGCAUGAAGACCCCACCACGCACCCGAACACCGCACACACCCAGGCAUUGAUGUGGGGCACGUGCGGCAAGGCCAUCUUCACCACAUUUUGGCCGGACAGUUUGGGCUUCAAGAUCGACUGGUCACCUGGGUAUGAAGUUUCUCUUCAGCGGUGGAUGAAACCAUGUACUUGGGACGAGAUCGUUGCGAUGAGUGCUUUUACUGCAAACAAGCACGAAAAGCACGAUCCAGAGGCUUUGCGGUGGUCUUACACCCAUUUCGGGUCCAACGUGCAUACCUGCCUGCAAGUGUCUCGCCACCCCAGCCGUGCUAAUUAUUACCUCAACGAAUUGGAGUGCGCUCGCGAUAAUUUCUGGUUCCAGCAUCCCGUAUUGCGCGAACAUGAAGCCCUAUACAGCCGUAAUCUUUUCGCCGUACAACCAGGAGAUACCCGCACAGAGCCAAUGCCCUACCCAGUAUCACAGGUUGCCAGUAGGCUCCUCGCAGACGGGAUCGCCUCCUUAGACCCCUCCACUGCCAAGGACGCUGUCUGCAGCCUACUUAACUCAGAGGACACCGAGGAGUCAGGCAAGAUAUUCUAUCGUCAGGCUGCGAUAGCGCUGAUGUCUAGGUUCGGAGGGGUUUUCGAGCUCGGGUGUCCCGACUCAGAGGGGCAUUGCAAGCCAGCACACAAAGAUCUGAACUUGCAUGCCAAGCUUGACCUCGCGGGCAAGGAAGGGCGGGCUAUACUGCACUCAAGGUAUACAUACUCCACCCAAGGCGAACUUGCGGCGCUAGCCGAGAAAUAUCCGCACGUUCUUCACUCCCCCAAGCAUGCGCUCGUGCACCCGGGCAUUGACGCGAUCAUGUUUGACGAUAGCACCUCCACAGUCUGGCUUAUGCAGGUGACGUAUGGAUACCCGCGCCGGAUAUCUCCCCAGGGUCUGCUCUUCCUGCUCAGUACUGCAAGAGGCACCGCCUACGAGCCGUCCCCCAUCCGCCCCUGGAAUCUCGUAUUCAUAUCACGCGAGCAGGCGACUACAGACUCCCUCCGGCUAAGUGGGUCGAUAACGAUGCAGUUAUUUUACUCUGUAUUCUGGGAUCCACGCAUCAAACCAUACAUCAUGCAACUUCGUGACACGGACAGCUCUUCAACUGAUCCGUACGCGCAGUGGGGCUUCCCCUACAAGAUACCACGGAAGCACUCGCUCAGUCUCUCACGGCGUCUCGCAAAUCGACUGGUGCAUCUAUUGCACAGGCCUCGGCGGCAAACUGGACUAGACCAUGCAGACCAGGUGACUGCGAGGCUUUGGAGUACGAUUAUACAGACGUCGGGGGUGCCGGGAGCUCAACUACUUGGGGAAAUGACGAGCGAGCAGCCAGUUGGCCCCAAUGGGUUUCAAAUGAUUCCUAUAUUAAGUAACGCAGAGGCAGACUAAUGAGUCAAUAUUGUAGAACUAUUGUAACGAUGUACACGGUUAACUUGAUAUUCCAGCAUUUAUAAUCUGCA